AUGUCUAAUAUUGCAUAUGAAUUAAAAUCAAAGUCAAAAGAAAAAUUCCAGAAAAAUGUUAUGUUGUGGGAUGGUAUUUCUUACCAAGGAUUAUUUCCUAAGAAAUCUCCAAUUUUUAUUGAUGAAUGGUUAGAGUUGACCAGAUCAGUAGAUGAUGAUCGUCUAGAAAAAGCGACUAAAGAAUUAGGUGAUUUACAAAAUGUAAUUUUUCAAGACGAUCAAGGCAUUGUUCUUGAACGACAAGAUGAACGUUUUUUCAAUUUAAAUAAAAAUCUUGCUAUUAAAGCAAUGAAAAACAAACUUUAUCAAAUACAAUAUGAUGAACAACAAGAACGAUUGUUUCAAACACGUAAACAACAAACUGGUAGUGGAAAUCGAAAUGAAAA